AUGAAGACAAUUAGUAAUUCAUCUGGUAGUAAAUAUGCAGUGACCCAAAAGAGACUCCUUGGUGCUCUAAACAAAGGUUUACUUUUGGAUACUCCUGGAUGCCAAAUACCAAGAUUAGAUCCUUUCGAUCCUUCUGUAAAGUGGCUAAUAAAGAAAAAGAAGCCAUUUAUUUGUUAUGGCAAAAAGAUAUUUUUAUUUGGUCAAGAAAACGGUUAUGAAUUUAUAAAAAUUAAGUGUUCACUUGGCAAGAAACGGCUGACGCAGUUCCUUCCUUUAACCCCCCUGAAGCCAACUUUGAAAGAAACUAGUGCCAACGAAACAUCAAAACUAAACAUUAUACUAUUAGCCAUUGAUUCAGUAUCAAAGUUGAAUUUUUUAAGGCAUUUUCCACUCACUCAAAAAGUUUUGAAAAAAAUUUCACCGUUUGAGCUGCAUGGAUAUACAAAGGUAGGAGACAAUACGUUUCCAAAUAUGAUUCCAUUUCUGUCAGGAAAGUCUGUUACUGGAAAUAUUAAAAUAAGAAACAUUUACUACGACAACUUAGAUAUAAUCUGGAAAAGGUUUGCAACCCUCAACUACACUACUUACUAUGCAGAAGAUAACCCUAAAACCGGAACCUUCAACUACUUGAAGAAAGGAUUUCGGGUUCCUCCAACUGAUUACUAUUUCAGACCUAUGGCGCUGGCCUUGGAGAACUCGCAACUAAGAAGAAAUAGAUUCUGCUUCAACUCUCAACUUGAUGUCGAUAUAAUGUAUGACUACCUAAGAAACUUUGUUCAAACAAUGAACAACAGAGCUUUCUUUGCAUUUAAUUUUAUAUCUACUAUGAGUCACGACGAACUAAACACAGUUGGGUUUUCAGACUAUCCAACGUCUAAGUUACUGCACAGCCUCUGGAAAGCAGGUACGUUUAACAAAACUGUACUCAUUUUUUUCAGUGACCACGGAAUAAGAUUUGGGAAAAUUAGAGAAACUUACAUCGGUAAGUUUGAAGAACGAAUGCCAUUUAUUUACAUACAUCUUCCAGACUCUUUUCUGUCUAAAAACCCACAUGUUGCUACCAAUCUUCGUGUGAAUCAAGAGAGACUCACUACACCAUUUGAUAUUCAUGCCACACUUUUACACAUGUGGACAGUGUUAAAGACGCGUUCGAAUACCGUGGGCACAGAUCCCUUUAAAACAAAAAAUGGAGUGAGUUUGCUCAGUGAAAUUUCUGAAAACAGGACUUGCGAAGAUGCUCAUAUUUUACCUCACUGGUGUGUGUGUCAAACGUUUCACCCAGUUUCGAAUGAUGGAGAAGAAGCUGUCAAUUGUGCCUUAUCAGUUGUAGAGGAAAUGAAUGCUAAAUUGAGCAAGUACAAAACCGAGUGCGCUGAGCUAAAGCUGCAAAAUAUCUUAAGUGUAAUACUUCGAUUGCCAAAUGAACGAGUAUUACGUUUCAUCGGUGAUCACUAUAAUAAGGGAAAGCCAUAUGUUGAGUAUGGGGAAAAGAUAAACACAGUCGAUGAUUAUGUUGUGACACUAAGCACCUAUCCUAGCGGAGGAAUUUUCGAAGGUACUGUGCGCAAUUCAGAGAAAGGUGUCUACAACGUUCUUGGAAUUAGUAGAAUAAAUGCUUACGGAAAUCAAUCUGUGUGUAUCGACGAUCAAGAACUGCAAAUAUUUUGCUAUUGCACACUUCGAUAG